CCUGCACUGAUCAGGGAUACUCAGGUGUGAAGAGAUCAGCUAAAGAAAGAUAAAAUAUAAGUCAGGUGGAGACACUCUCUACUGAGCAGAAAAAGAUAAACAGUUGCAUCCCUGAGAAUUUCCCCAAACCAGAAGACCACUGACACCCUCACCCUCCAGAAUGUGGCUCCAGGUGUUCUUCUUGUGUCUGUCCUGCCUAACUCUGUCCAGCCAAAGCCAGGCCCAAGACAGAGCUUCUCUCCGCCGCUCCAAUGACGCCACGGGGCGCUGCCACUACACCUUCACUGUAGCCAGUCCAGAGGAGUCCAGCUGCUCCAGAAGCAGCAUGACACCAGAGAUGGAUGGAGUCUCUUCCCGACUCACUCUGCUGGAGGCUUUGGUCAGCCAGCUCAUAGCAGGAGUGGACGGAGGGACUGGGACUGGGAUGGGGGUUAACGCUGAAGAGGGUCUUCAGGAAGCUUACUCCAAAGUUACAGGAGAAAGAAACCAGUUGCAGCAAGACAAGGAGCGCCUGAACAGACAGGUCCAGGAGCUGCAGAGGAGGCUGGACGAGCUGAGUCAGGAGGCAGAGAGCCUCAGGCAGAAACCCUGCCAGCAGACACACAUCUCUGGGGGGACUCAGCGUGAAAACAGACCUGCCAGUGACCCUGCAUAUGAGUUUGGGAAUGGGUCGUACCAGGAGAUGAAGGCUGAGGUUACAGAGGUUCCAGCAUCCCGCCUCAUUCCAGAGGGAAAUCACAACUCCACAGGCUGUGGAGAGCUGCAGUCAGUGGCAGAUCCUGUGUUGCACAGGAAGGCGGACAGUAUCACAGGGAAGUAUGGAGUGUGGCUGCAGGAUCCCGAGCCCCAGGGCCCUAACUACCCCAACAAGACUGUGUGGCGUAUCGACACAGUGGGUAAAGAUGUUCGUCAGCUCUUUGCCUAUGAAGACAUGGAUCAAUUCUCCCGAGGCUUCCCUAUGAAGGUCCUGGUCCUACCAGAGCCUGUGGAGAGCACGGGGGCAACCAUGUACCGCGGCUCCCUCUACUACCAGCGCAAACGCAGCCGUACCCUGAUCCGUUACGACCUGGCCUCUGAGAGUCUGGCAUCACGCCUGGACCUGCCUCAUGCUGGUUUCCAUGGCCAGCACCCGUACUCAUGGGGCGGCUACACUGACAUUGACCUAGUGGCAGAUGAACAGGGCCUGUGGGCUAUAUACAGCACAAGCAAAGCUAAGGGUGCAAUUGUGAUCUCCCAACUGGACCCCGAGAGCCUGGAAGUGAGGAAGAGCUGGGAGACCAACAUCAGGAAGAACACAGUGGCCAAUGCUUUCAUGGUAUGCGGACGUCUGUACACGGUAGCCAGCUACACUGCGCCCAACACCACCAUCAACUACAUGUUUGACACCGCAACAGGCGUGGGACGGGCUGUUGCUGUGCCCUUCAAGAACAAGUACCGUUACAACAGCAUGGUGGACUACAACCACGCCCAGAGGAAGCUGUACGCUUGGGACAACUUCCACAUGGUCACCUAUGACAUUAGACUGGGCAGGGCCAGCCAUGGUAGCAACUAAAGAGGACACAGUCAGAGAGAAACUGCUGUCCACAGGACUGAUACAAGAGCAAGUGAAUGAAAAAACAUGUAAUCAUUUGCAUUGAGUUCAUGUAUGUGUUUUUGCAUCAUUAAAAUAUAUUUUUUCUAUUGUAAAUAAGAUCUAUUGUGGCAACAGAAAUAUAUUCCUACAGUAGAUUAAUGUAGCUCUUUUUUAUCUGUUGAUAAAUGCUCUAAUUAUUUAAGUUCUUAAUAAAAUACAUUUACAAUAA